GAUGAAGAGGAGUCGUCCUCCGGCUCCGCCCCGAACUCACCAGUUAUUGGAGCCGCUCGCCGAAGGUUCGAUGAUGAGGAGGCCCAAGACAACGACGUGCUAGAUUCUUGGGACGCCGCCGAAGAUUCCGAGGUGGAGCGCGAAAAGGCAAAGAAGGCCGCGGAAGCCAAAGCGAAGGCGGAAGCAGAAGCCGCUGCUAAGAAGAAGAGCAAGGCGCAGCGGAUAGCUGAACGGCAGGCCGAGCGCGCCGCGGCCAAGGCCAACGCGGAGAAGGACGAGAGCGAGGAGGAGACGGAAGCUCAGAGGCGCGAGCGCCUCCGUCGCACCGAAAAGGAGUCGGAUCUGCGUCACGCCGAGGAUCUCUUCGGCAACAUCGGCAUCAGCAGCGGGCGCAAGGCGACAACCGCCGGAAGCGCCGUGCCCAUCGACGCAAACGACCCGACCAAGACAGUCGACCUGUCAGCGCUUCCUCUCUUCAACCCCGCGACGAAGGUGCAGUUCGAGGAGCUGCGCAAUAUCUUGGGCCCCAUUCUGGCGGCCAGCGCCAAGAAGCCACACUACACGCUCUUCUUGCAGGAGUUCACCAAGCAGCUUGCCAAGGACCUGCCGAGCGACCAGAUCAAGAAGAUUGCGAGCACCCUGACGGCACUGAGUAACGAGAAGAUGAAGGAGGAGAAGGCGGCCGAGAAGGGCGGCAAGAAGACGAAGGCGGCCAAGACAAAGACUUCUCUUGCCGGUGUUACCCGCGGCGGUGGUAUGGCUGCGGAGAUGGAUGUGUACGACGACGUCGAUGACGGCUUUGGCGAGUAA